CGUUCGGUCGGCCGGUGAUCGCGUGCGGCGCCAUGCUAUCGUCGUUCCGCUCGCCUUGCCUCGACGGCUCGGCGGAGCCGUUGCGCUUCCGAAGCCGCAAGGCGUCGAGGCCCCACGUGACAGCGUCGCCGGUCCUAGUGGAGUUUGGCAAGCUCGCCACCGCGGGACAGCGUCGCAAGAGGCAGUCCACGGUCGCCGCAGCGGGUCUGACGCCGUCGAGCACAUCCAUCGACGAUGACCAGGGGGCGCUGAUGCACGCCGCAGCGGCCCUGUACGCCAGCUGCAUGCGGCCUGGCAACAACAGCGGCGACUGCCUGGUCCAGCCACAGGCACUGUACCGUGCGCUCUGCGCUGAAGGUGCCCGAACGCUGCUUAUACUCAGGGACGCCCAGGAGAUCGUGCAUGAGUGGGAGUCCAGUGGGCGCGACCGGACUCUAAGCAGCCCUGAGCUUUCACCAGUUGGGCCGAAUGGCUCGGCAUCCACAGAGAUCAACAACAACCCGCCAGAGUUGGGGUCGAAGGCCCAGACGCUAGUGCCCGCUUCAAAGCCAUGGCAGCGGAUCGUACCGCUCGACCGCACAGCGUCAGCCGACAGCGAGCGUCGUACGCAACCGGGGUCCGAGGAAGACGAAGUUGCGCAAGACAGCGACGAUGGCGGCCGCAGUGCUGACAAGGACGGGGAACGCGACGACCGCGUAUGGAUCGCUUGGUCUUCAAGACGGGUCCCAUCGGCCGAAGGCAGCGCCGAGGAAGACGGCGUCGAGCUGACGCUGUGCGGCGGCGACGAGACCUCGACGACCAGCGGCCGCGGCAGCACGUGCUCGGCGACGGCGCGCGACGCCUCGCGGACCGACCCCUUCUCGGACGUCUUCAGCGACCUCUCGGACUCGGACAGUGAAAUGGAGGAGGAAGAGGAGGAGACGGAGGAAGAAGGCCUGCAGCGUUUCCUGCGCGGUGUGGCCUCUCGGCGGCGUGAGCGGUCCCGCGCGCUCGCCUCGUGGAGCCUGGCGCCCAGGCACGUGGGACCCGAGCACCGCCUCCUCGGAUGUGCCACGUUCAUCAAGAACUACAGGAUACCCGGAACAAGGGCGUGCUUCCUGUCACUGCUCGCCGUUCGCAAGGGCUUUCGCCAGCAUGGCAUCGGCAGCUACCUGCUAAAGCAAAUCAAGAGCCCCACAGUGGUUGGACCGUACGAUGCCCUUCUCGUCCGUGCGCCGACCAUUAGCCGACGUUUCUUCAUCAAACACGGCUUCACCGACGACAUCGUCCUCAGCAGCCGCUUCAGGGAAGCGGACGAAGCGGAAUACGAAGGCAGCCUGCUCUGCUACCUGCCGCCUUUCGAUGGACACUACCCGUCCCUGCCCGGCACAGCGGAGUGGAACCGGCCGGAAGCCUUGGCUGCAAUGGAAGAGGAAGUGGAACGCUGGAAACAGAAGAGCCUGGAGUCGUACCAGUGUCAAGUGACCUGCCUUGUCCGACUGAGGCACGAGGUUCUACGGUUGCAUGCCCUGCUGCAGGAACAGGAACACUCCAUGCAGGCCUUGCGGAAGGAAAACUGCAGACUCCAGUCCAGACUCUCCCGAGCCGAAAAGAAGUCAGCCCGUUCGCUGAUUGAGACGUUAGAGAAAGAAGCGGCCGACUUCGAACGCCUCUGCAACCUGGGACAGCAACUCCAGCAACCGGGAACUGCGAGCGCCUUGCACGAGUCCCGGGCGAAGCUGCGCACAGCCUACCGCUGAAAAAAACAACAACAAAAAAAACGAAGACGACCAGACAUCGAGGCCCUUCGAAAGCCUAUACCGUUUUGUGCAUCUCGUAGGGCAGGUCACAUGUGAAUUAUUUUUUCGAACCUGUAGCGUCAUUAACCAGAUAUUUAUGUAUCUUCCGGUCAUUUGGUGCGUGCGUCAUAAUUCAAGUCAUGAUGUUGUGGAUAUAUCGAACCUCCGCGAUGCUUCGUUGGGACUGUGGUAAAGUACCGCGUACUCUUGGCGGGGUCAUUACAAGGACGCGUGUCAGGUUUCAUACGUACGAGAAAAUUUACCACUCGUAGUGGCAGCCUUUUUUCCAGCGCAGAGGAGAUUCCAAACGCAGCAAUCUUGACUACUAAUUCCAUCAGCUAAGAAUAAUAAUGUUCGUAAGGCAAAAAGGAGGUAAACAAGCCAAUUAAGACACAUGGCAAGUGCUGGCCAAUCACCAAUAUAUUAUUUUGAACACGAAAAAAACAAUGAAUGAAAAAUAAAUUAAGAAGUGCUUCUGUUA